AACAAAUGAGCGACGAAAAUCCGGGCUCGGGAGCCCCGCUCAAUUCAAACGUCCAAGUUUCUUAACCCCCCGGCGGCGCGUUAAUCGCGUUUUAAGAGAACAUUUUUUUUCAUUCGUUCAUAACGGACCUUUCUUUACUGCGAAAACGUCGGUAUGACGUGCGACUUGAGCUGCGGAUGCCCAAAACGAGGCUUGGACUACUACGGUUUGUUGGGGAUAAAGAAAAACAGUCGCGACCUCGACAUCAAAAAAGCUUUCCGUCGUUUGGCUACCCGACAUAAUCCUGAGAGGCUGGGCAGUGACGAAAGCUCCCGAGUAAUUUUUUCCCUCGUCGCUGAGGCUUACGACGUCCUGUCAAAUCCGUUAAGACGCACCGUCUACGAUCAGUACGGCGAGGAAGGCUUGAAGAGCGGCGUCCCGGGACCUCACGGUUACGUCCAACCUUAUGCUUACCACGGAGAGCCGAUGCGCACGUACAGAAACGAAGUACAUUUUGGUGCCGAUCAAAUAAGAAUUCUAUUGUUUCGUGAGUGCGAGUGGCGAGGCAGGAAACUUCUUUUUGACUCUGUUUCGGCAAGAAAAGUAAGCAAUGCGUCGGGUGAUGUGCCCUCUGGCAAUCACCAACCCACUCAACAAAAUGGCAAACCAUCAAAUUCAACGUGUCCGAGAAACGGAACAGGUCUUAUCGCAGAGCAUGAGAAAGUUGCCUGCGACGACGUCAGUCUUCUCAGCGAAAUGAUUUUUGGUACAGUGGCAAUGACAUACAGAGGAUCGCUGUUCAAAGUACACGCUCUGAAUGCCCCCAGAUGUAUAAUGUGUACCAAAGUCUUUCCGGCUCCUGAUCACAGUGCUCGCAAGUUGAGCGAAAGACAAUCGGACGAGCUUCUGAGACACUCGACGACUGUCGACUCAAACUCGAGUAGCGGUAGUACGAGAAAUACGAUGCCUCAUAUGAAUUCGGGAAAUUUUUCUGCCAACUCUCUCAGUCCAGGCUUACGAAAAAAUUCUACAUGCUCAAGUACGAGCAGCGGUUGGGACAUAGACAUCCCAUUGUUGGGCAGUACACAAUCGUUGGAGAGUAAUGGUUCAUCCGGGUUCGGUAGUUCGACGAGUUUACGCAGAAGAUGGUUGAGAGCAGUCUCAACGACUCUGAGCCACGCAGAAUUGGAAGAAAAAUUUGGUAUUCAAGCGUACUGUGAGAACUUGAGCAACGAGAACCGAGAAAACUGUUAUCGUCGUCAUAAAACUCGUUUUGGACUCGCAGUUCUAAUUCAGCUUACACCUGGCUUCGAACGACAGAUGGAAACACGUUUGCUGGAACACGUUGGCCAAUUGGAAACAAUGCUAAAUCGUUUGUGUUACGCUUGCAUAGAAACAUGUAGAUGUCACCGUAAAAGUAAUGGCGAAUGUAAAGGAUUGACUUCUCGUAUGCAUCGAGCAUCAAACAGAUGUAUCACGUGGCUUUUACGCUUGCUCUCCAACAUUAACGCCGACAGAAUACCGUCUCUGUGGCACGAAGUUAUAACGAGUACGUCGACGCCUCUUGUGCACAGAACUCAUACGCUCCAUCGCAAUCUUCGACAGAUUUGCCAGUUGAUUAAUGGGGUUGACACAAAAUCAACUAAUUUUUUUCUGAGCACCGUUUUAACUGCUGUAUUGACGCAUCAUCUGGGCUGGGUUCAAACUGUAAUGUCACCGAAAAACAAACAACUGAUGGAGGAUUUGGGGAAACGAUAUCCGUGCAAUCCGCUCUGGGCUCAAUUAGGCGAUUUGUACGGUGCACUUGGAAAUCCAUCAAAGCUGGUGCAUACAGUAAUAGCAGGUGAUUCGGAUAAGACAGAACUGAUAAACGGGGUAUUGACGUGUCUGUCGUACUUCAUACGAAGUGCAGUAGUGAAAAAACGUCGUGAAUAUCGUUGUUCAUCCGAGCAGGACGUAAGAGAAGCGAUAGCUGUGUUGGAGCGAAAAAAACGAACGAACGAGCGUUACGUUAAUUCGUCCCAUGCAACGAACAAGUUGAGAGUAUCGACGGAGGAAGGCUCAUCGGUAUCGCAAAGUGAGGAAUUGAGGCCAGAAAUUCGAUGCAAAUCAUCGAUGGGAACGAUUUCAACGAAAAGCAUUUGUGCGGAUGUGGUGAGUCCGAGUAAAACAAGUAAGGGGAGAAAAAUCAGCUCAAUCGACUCGAGCAUUCCUCGACUGAAGCGUACAACCAGUGCGCAAAAAAAUCUUGACACGCUUUCCUCAAAUUCGAUCGACAGCCGAUUAAAGUGUCCGGUUAAGGUGGAAACUUUGGAUGACGAUGACCCGAGCAUCGAGGUGCCUCUGUUGUCGCCGGGUAUGACGGAAAAAAAUUACCCAACGAGCACAGUGAAAAUAAUUGUAAGUGAAACAACGACGGGAAGUCCUACGAACGACGUAGGAGGGACAAAAAAACGCAUACCGCGCGUCGCACCAAGAUUUAAUCUGCAGAAUAAGGUUGAACUUGAAGAAUCCGAACUUGACGGAUUAACGAUGGCAACGAAAUUGGCAAUGUCGUUGCAGCGACGGAACGACAGUGGUUUUGAUUCACAAAAAUUUUAUCCGGAAUAUUGUCCUCUCGAGACUGAAGCCUUUUACGCGCGUUUGGAUGUCGCUAAGAACGAACAACAGUCCCAAGUGUUUUUCACUCUUGGCGAAGAGGAUAAAAGUUUUGAGGAGAAACCACGUAACACGCAACAGAUCGAUACCAAUUGUCAAUGUUCUUUUGCAUUUACGAGAGUCCCGAGUACAUCGGCCGAAUUACCCGAAGGCGUAUUGAGAAAAAUCAUCCAGAGAAACUUCCCGGAAUCGUCUAAAAGCAUACAGCGGCCCUCGUUGACGUCGUUUAGAAAUGAAAAACUCGGCGUCUCGUGUCCAAAAUGUAACGGCGCUGGUUUAGCAGUCCCUCAAACCUUCGAAGGUAGCAAAUUACUUUUGGAAACCCCGACCAACGCCACUGAAGUUCUUCGUACUUGCGGCAACUCCGUCGGCAAUCGAGCUGCAAGAUUAUUUCGUUCCAACAGUCUCGAGGCUCUCAUGGAAGCUAAUAAUGUCGUUGAACUCCCGAUGCCGAGAUCAAAGAAAUCGGCACCGAGCACAAACGAGUCUGGCGAAGUGACGGGUUUCACGAAGACCCUCCUACCGAGAAGAGUCAAGAGCAACAUCGACGAAAUCGUGGACUCGACGAUAUACGAUUCGGGUUACACUUCGGGUCUAGUCAUACAGGGUUUGACGAAAAAGAAGAGAAGGAAGGAGAAAAGUUCGGGUGAAAACCACGAGAACGAGAAUGUUGAGAUCGAUUGGUUGACACAAUUACGAGAAGAAGUGAACAUAAAUGCCAAAUUUCCGGUCAUCGAUCAACCGGUCUCCGAAGCAUUGUGCAUUCUCGCCGAUAUGGACAGUUGGCAAGUUGGUGUAUUGUCCAACACAUCGACUGUUCAAAACUCUUUGGUACCAGUAGGAAUGUCCCGUCUUGUUGCAACGAUGCUCGAGUCAUUUGCUUAUUUGUGGACGAAGUAUCGAUCGCCAACUCAUUGUAUCGGCAUAUUCGAGUGCAAGUUACGAGAAAUGUGGCUAAGGAGCGAAGCACUUGCCGAGAUGUUAAUGGCUGUGGACGUGUGUGACGUUACGAUAGGAAGUUUGACUAAAGCACUGGAUCUCGACGCUGCGGACAUACCCUUGUUACUCGCAGUUGCGACAACUCACUCCCCCCAAAUAGCGCAGAGAUUUGGGUUGAGCCUCGCUUGAAUCAAGCUCGAAAUAAAUACCGUGUUGGUAGUCAUUUUAUAAGUGAAUUAGGAUCGUUCCAUUAUUAAAUGCGUAUGUUGACACGAAAACCAGAAGAUCGUAAUCAUCCAUUUUUAUUCGUGAAAACUAGUUUCAUUGAUCAUGAGCAGUAUUUACCGAAUCAAGUAAGAUUAAUAGAAAAUGUCGAAAAUUCCGAAGUCUUUUGGAGCUCUUUUUUGGCUCUGCACAACUCAGGGACCUCUGAAAUAUCACUCUUUUAACGUUAGUUCAAACCGUUUCUCAAUGCUGGGGCGUUAUUUUGGGAAUACUCCAAUGCGAAAACUGUGCCUUUCUAGAGAAUGUCAUGAACCUAAUCUGAUGUUAGUAGAUACAUAAGAUUGCGAGAAUGAAGAGGAAAAAUAAAUGUUUUGAUUGAAGGAAACUCUUCUGUCAAAUUUACAUUUUCAUUUGAAAACUAGUUUUCACUGAUAAAAUUGAGUUUUAACGUCAUUUGGAUUUGGAACGUAAAAUAGAAAGAUAUCGAACAUGGUUGAUAUCUUCUCUAGCAUUGGAAAGUUAAUUUCAAAAUAAAUGAUGAGCGAUCGCGUGACAAACGAAUGGAAUCGUCGCUCAAAAGCGCUUUUUAAAGAAAAGAUAUCAACAAUUGAAUUAUCUCGAAACGCGAUUAAAGUAUAUUUAGUCAUAUCUUAACGUGUUACCGAUAAAUCGGUAAUUGAAACGAGGUCGGAUUGGAAGUCUGCGUAGUAUUUAAAAACUAAAAGAUUUGCUUUUAAUCUUUUGCGCACAAGUAACGCCGCCAGCGAGCUUCGAGCUUCAACGUGAUAUAUAGAAAUUCGUGAAUCCAAAAAAUUUUGCAAUAUUAUAUCGAUUGAGACAAAUGUAUGCUUAGAAUGAGUUCUGAAUAUUAUUAGUUUCAUACAAAUUAAGACGAGUCUUAAUGUGAAUAGAGUCUUAACAACCGUGAAAUAUCACGCUUUAUUUUUCUCUGUAAAUAUGUAAUCCCUCUUUUUUUUUCUAUAAACCGUCAGUUUACCCAAAUUCGAAAAAGCAACGAUCAAUGAGCGGGAGAUGAAGAACCGUCUCAAAAAUGCUAGAUGAUAAAUAUUCGAUUUAAAUUUUUUAACGGAAUUUAAAGAAUCGCAGCUAACGAUGUGAUUCGAUAUCUAAUUGUAAUGGAGAUCAAUCAACCAUUCGGUUAGGAUAAAAAUCGAAAAAAACGAUUAUUAUACGAUAACCGUAAAAGACAUAUGAAUUCGAGUAUCUAACCUAGUUACCAAAUACUCGUGGUAAGGAGACAUCUGUGUUCGUUUAGCGUAUUAAGUUCGAAAUAAAUUUGAAGCAUCGAGAUACUUGCUUUUUUACAUGAAAAUGCGAAUUAGUUGACAAAAUAAUCGAGCAAAAUAACUAAUAAAAAACAUUAGGUUUUGUAA